AUGGCCUUGUUCGGUCGGCGUGUGGUACCCAGAGGCGCCGGUCUCAUUCGAUUCUUCGCUGCUGGCGGAGAAUAUGAUCUCUGUGUGAUCGGAGCCGGCCCUGGAGGCUACACAGGAGCCAUCAAAGCCGCACAGCUCGGCUUGAAGACAGUUUGCAUCGACAAGCGAGGUCCUCCGGGUGGCACCUGCUUGAAUGUCGGAUGCAUUCCGUCCAAGGCUCUACUCCAUAGCUCAGCGAUGCUCCACGAGGCACAGAAGACCUUCGAGGAGCGAGGGAUCAAGGGCUCGGCCGGGCUCUCCGUUGAUUUCGACAAGAUGAUGGCGAACAAGGAUGCAGCAGUCAAGAAGCUUACCGGAGGCAUUGAAGGCCUCUUCAAGAGAGAUAAGGUCACCUACUUGAAGGGCCAUGGAAAGCUGACCGGACCGAAUUCGGUCACGGUUGCGAUGAACGACGGCAGCGGCGAGCAGACCAUCACAGCAAAGACCAUUAUGUUGGCGACGGGCUCCGAAGUCAUCGAGAAGCUGCCCUUCGUGUCGGUCGAUGAGGAAACGAUCGUCUCCUCCACUGGGGCUCUCGCUUUGAAGAAGGUCCCCGAGAAGCUCGUCGUCAUCGGUGGCGGCGUGAUUGGCCUCGAGUUAGGUUCCGUCUACGAGCGCUUGGGCUCUAAGGUCACAGUUGUCGAGUUCCUGCCCACCAUUGGAGGUGUCGGCAUCGACAGCGAGGUGUCCAAAGAGAUGCAGAAGAUUCUGAAGAAGCAGGGCAUGUCUUUCAUGCUCUCGACCAAGGUGACGGGCGUGGAGAAGACCGGGUCCGGAGUCAAGGUCACCACCGAACCGGCAGCUGGCGGCGCGGCUGAAAGUAUGGACGCGGAUGUUGUCCUCGUUUGCGUGGGGCGCAGGGAGUUCCGCGACGGACUUGGCGCCGAAGACGUUGGUGUAGCCCUGGAAGGCAAAAAGGUCAAGGUCAACGAUGAGUUCCAGACCUCUGUGCCCUCGAUCUACGCCAUUGGCGACAUCAUUCACGGCCCAAUGCUGGCGCACAAGGCAGAAGACGAGGGAGCCAUGGUCGCAGAGUACCUGGCCACCGGCAAGAAGCCCCACCUCGACUACAACAACGUGCCUUCUGUGCUGUACACGCAUCCCGAGGUUGCCUGGGUCGGCAAGUCUGAGGAUCAGCUGAAGGCAGAAGGUGUUGCUUUCCGAAAGGGCAAGUUCUCCUUCGCAGCCAACGGCCGUUCCAUCGCCAACAUGGACACUGAGGGCUUCGUCAAGGUCCUCUCCUGCAAAGAGACCGACAAGCUCUUGGGCGUCCACAUCAUCAACGCCAUUGCUGGCGACAUCAUCA